AUGAAACGACUGUUAUUGUCGAUACUGUUUGUUCUGUUUAUUAAUAAAUGUGUAAGUCAAAGAGGUUUUCCAAAACAAUUUCAAACAAGUUUAAAUAUAAGUGGAUCAGCAUCAGUUCCAAUAUUAACUCCUGGUGUUCAAUACUUAUUGUACGACUAUAACAAUUUAAGAGUUCGUUCUGAUGUUCAAGGAUGGCGAGCACAACAAAACGAAACCUACAUGAUUAAAUACAAACCUGAGGGUGCUGAAGCAGAUUCACCAGCAUCACAAGGUUAUACAAUGUUCAAUUUUAAUCCUGAUUAUCCAGCGUUGACAAAAAACGAUUGUUGGUAUAGAACAAAUCCAAUGGGUGAUGUAGGUCCAUUUCCAUGGAGUUGGUUUUAUGGUUCAAAUGAACUUCAUACGGAAAUUCAACGAUGGUUUCCAUUACCAUCAAAUCUUAUCAAUAUGGGUGAAGAAUGGAUACCAGAAAUUCAAGAAAAUGCAACAAGAUAUGAUUCACCAGAAAUAUGUGACUUAAAACGAUCUGGUCGUGGCAAAGUUCCAUGUUUAAGUUAUUUUGAAACAAAAGAUAGACCAGCUAGAACCAUUACUGCGCGUGCUGCUCAAGGAUCCUACGAUGCUGAUGACUAUAUAAUUACAACUUAUUUAUCAUUUACUAAUGGCAUUCCAUCAGAAGCUGAACAUUUAUUUGAUGUACCUAAGCAAUGGCCUUCUUAUUGUGGCAAUGCAAACACUGGUUUUGAUGUUGAUCCCGUACAUGGAUAUGUAGUAACUCCAGAUGGUCAAGAUCAUUUUCAAUUAAACUUAAAAACACCACCAGUUCAUGCACUAGGUGAUGAAAUUAAAAUUGAGUUUAAAGUACAACCAAAUUGGUAUUAUAAUGGUACACGAUGUGCUCAAUUCAAUCCAAUUAUUUUUAAUAAAACAAAUUGGCAAGUACCACAAAAAGUUGACAUGUCUUUUAUUGAUUACGGUUGUUGCACAUAUGAAAUUACUGCAAAUAGUGGUGGAUAUGAUUGGCAAUAUCAACCAAAUACAUUUGUUGUUUAUGCAUGUGAUGGACAAGCUGGAUAUGGUUGUAAAGGUAGAGAACCAUGUGGCGCCUGA